AUGCCAGGUUUUUUCAAACCCAAUAAACAGUUAAAGAGGAAAGUCCACCCAGUGCCCUCGGUUCAUUGUUCAGACUCUAAUGGGCCCAUUGGAUCUCAGUCACAGAGCUGCGAAGGACAAAAUCUGCAGAACAGGUCAUCCUGGACGGAUUUUCAGAGCAGCUCAGCAGUACAGGAUACGUUCUGCAUGGAGCAGCUACGAGAGUCAGCGUCUGACCUGAACCUCCAGCCGGGUCACGUUUGGCCAGUCGACCUCCUCCAGCAGAGGGACGUGCCGCGGGCAGAGCCAGCUACGGCACCUGAGCCAAACCUCAGCACCCACCUCCGGAAACUGAACUGCUGCUCAGAUGUGUUUCAGUGUACACUGGUGAAUAUUCCACAGACUCUGGCACUGCUGAAACAGGUGAAACUUCCUCUGGGCCUUAUCUUCCAACCAUUCAAAGAUUCCAGGGAACCACCAUUGCUGAUCACUGAUGUCCCCCCUCGCUGCUCAACAUGUCAGACCUACAUCAAUCCCUUCAUCGCCUUCAUCGACCAGCAACACUGGAAGUGCAACGUUUGUUUCUCUCUUAAUGAUGUUCCUGGGAAUUUCCUCGUUGAUCCCAUGACUGGCAGCUACUGUAACCCACACAGUCGUCCUGAACUGCAGCAUGCAGCCCUGGAAUUCAUGGUACCUCUGGAAUAUCAGGCUAAACGCCCUCGUCCUGUAACAUACCUGUUUCUGUUUGAUGUUAGCUACAAUGCGGUGGAAACUGGUUACCUGGCAAUUGUCUGCAAAACGCUGCUGGAGAACCUGGAUAGGUUACCAGGUGAUUCACGAACCCGGAUUGGAUUCAUAACAUUUGACAACAAAGUGAACUUCUACCAGUUGCAUAGCAAUCUGUCUCGACCACGCAUGAUGGUUUUGACUGAGAUUCAUGAUAUCUUCACUCCAAACGAAGAAACGUUGUUGGUGAAUCUUCAACAAAGCCGACAGCUUGUUGUCGCGCUGCUUGAGGAAUUCCCAGUUGCGUUCAGAGAGACUCAGAAGACAUUGUGUGCAUUUGGACCUGCACUGCAGGCUGCUCAGAAACUGCUGAAGUUCAGCGGUGGACGCGUGACUGUAUUUCUCACCCAGUUACCCAAUGAAGGCUGCGGGUCCUUGCAACCCCGGGAGGACCCUGGUGAUAGUACCCUGGGAGCUAAGCACCUUGGUCCAGCUACCAAUUUCUAUAAGGUGCUGGCAAUGGAGUUCUGUGGCCAGCAGAUAGGAGUGGACUUAUUCUUGCUGAAUCAGCAACACAUUGACCUUGCUUCCAUAGUUUGCCUUCCCAGGUACACUUGUGGCUAUGUGUAUUAUUACCCAGCAUUCCAUCAUAUCCACAGCUCAGCUCUGGUUGAGAAGCUCCGGGAAGAAUUCCGAAAUCACCUGACCCGCUCCAUUGGAUAUGACGGUCUGCUGAGGAUCCGAUACACACAGGGCCUCAUGCUGGAUGCUUUCUACGGGAACUCAUUCCUACAGACAACACAGAUGCUGUCCCUACCCUAUGUCCGUCCCCAGGCCGAGUUUGCCUUUCAGAUGAUGAUUGAUGGGGCUGUGACUGAGAGCUUGCUCGUGGUCUUCCAGUCCUCUCUCCUCUACACUUCAUGUCAAGGUGAACGACGGGUUCGAAUCUACACCUACUGCUUGCCAGUUGUCAGCUCCCUCAGUGAAGUUUAUGCAGGAGCCAAUAUGGCUACUAUCACGGGAAUUCUUUCAAAAAUGGCCGUGGAUCGUUCAGUGAGCCUCUGCCUUGCUUCCACCCGUGAUGAGCUGAUUAAAGUCCUCAUUGAUGCUCUUGUUGCUUACCGCGCCUCUGCUUGCAGCCCAAAGCAGUCUGCGUUCACCAUACCCCGCAGCCUACAACAACUUCCACUGUACGUCCUCGCCCUUUUAAAGCAGCCUGCCUUUCAGACUGAUGCAGCCAUGAGCCUAGACGAGCGGGUUUUCACCAUGUUCGAGCUGAUGAUACAGCCGCUGAUUGUCAUGUUGAAGAUGGUUUACCCUGAUCUGUACAGGAUUGACGAUUACCUUAACUCCGAGCCUGCGGACAAUGACUCCAUGGAGAUGGGUAAGGGGACAAUGAAGAGACCAGCCUUGAUUCAGCUCAUGGCUGAGAAUCUUGCACUGCAAGGAGCCUUCCUAAUCGAUUGCGGUAAUGUUCUGUACAUCUGGGUCAGCAGACACUGCAGUUCCAGCUUCCUGGAUGGUGUGCUGGGUGUUACCAACUACACCUCACUCCCAGGGACACUGACCUCACUUCCCAUUCUGCAGAAUCCUGCUUCUAAACUCAUCCAGGCAUUCCUGGGAUCCUUAAGGAAGGAGAGACUUUAUCACGCACCUUGCUUUGUCAUCAAGGAUGACAGUACCUCACGGUCUGUGUUCAUUAAGCGUCUGGUUAAUGAUCGCACUGAGACAGCAAUGUCAUAUUAUGAGUUUCUGCUCCAUCUGAAGGAACGGGUGUGUGGGUGAUGUGCUUUCCCCUAGCCCCCACCAAACGGAACAAUCCAAAGAGGACUCGUGGAAAGUGCUCCCUCAAGCAGCA